CCAGAGUUCAGUAAAAUGCCGAAAUCACAGUGCAAGACAUGUGGCGAGACUUUACCGUUACAAGUUCUUGCUCUACAUGUGCAGACUUGCAGCAAGUCCUCUGAAGAUAGUGACCAAGAACAAGAGGAAAAUAUGAGCCCUGAUGUUCGAUUUGGAGCCUGCGUUCAGAAUAUGUGUCAUGCGUGUGUUACAAGACUGUUUGAUGGAGAGCCGGACCAUCUUGUACCUUCAUCAUCAGCAUUCUUGGUUGAGAGUGAUCUAUUUCUGAUGGCUGGCAGAAUGAUUGGCCACUGUUUUUUGCAUGGAGGUCCUGCUUUGUCAGGGCUUAGCCCUGCUGUAAUUCACUUACUUUCUGGAGGCAAAGCGGAAACCGCAGUUGUUGAAAUCUGUGACUGUCCUGACCUUGAUCUUCGUGAAAGAAUUAAGCUGCUGGAAGGAAACUCAGAACUGUCAGCAAGUGAAAAAGACAGUGUUGACUCUUUGUGCUUUUCAUGGGACCUUCCUGCAGUAACAAUAAGCAAUCGAAGAUGGCUCUUCGAGAGGCUAUUACAUCAUGCGGUAAUCGGACGGACUAUGAAGCAAAUUAAGCAAAUUAAGCAAAUUCGAAAAGGACUGAAAGAGACAUUGCUGUGGCCACUAAUGACUCAUCGACCGGAUGUACUUCCAGUCAUUUUUCCACGCGAGUCAAAUGCUGUGCUGACCCCUGAGAGCAUUCUGAACUGCAUCAGCUGGCCUACAAUGAUCGUAGACGAUGACGAUGACGACUGCUCUGUUGAAGAUAAGAGUCGAGUUACUGGGUACCUCUGCCAGUUCAUUGAAAAUGCAUCCAGUGAUGAACUAAAGGCCCUCCUAAAGUUCUGGGUGGGUUGGGAAGCUCCGACCAGUACCCUUAAAGUUGAAGUAGUCGAAAGUCAUCAACUUGUUUUGAGACUCUACGUCUUCCAGCCAACUACAAGGACUUUGCAAAGUUCAAGGAAGAACUGCAAGCAUGCGUCAACACAGCUGACACUGGAUUUGGACUGGUGUGAUUUAAUGGAUGACUUUCAAUGUCAAUUUUACUCAUUUUUAAAAGUUAUUUGACAAAAUGUUCUUACA